AUUGCAGCGACGCCGAGAGGACCUUGAGAAAGAGGUGGGCUCGCUGGAUGUCAACGCCAACAGCCAGGGUGACCAGCUCCCCAUGGUGGACGCUGAGGGCAACAUAGAGGUGCCAGUGUGUGGAGACCAGCGACAGCUCUGAACACACAAAUGACGACAACGGUGACCUGGUGCCCGACAUGACAAACAGCCUGCUUUCAGACUCCCCUCAAGUGCGGGGCCGUGAGCGCUGCAUCAGCAGCGGCAGCAGUGGCGCCGAGGACAGCAUAGUCGGUGCAGAGGACUUGGAGAUGCCAGUCAGCACUGCCACAAACGGUGCUGGCAACAACAAUGGCUGCCGCGAGGGUGUCUCCGGAGGCGACAGCUUCUACUACUUCCAGGCGGCCGACGGUCAGCCCGUGUUCCUGCACGCACUCAACGCACGGAUGCUGGCGCACGAGUACGGCGCCUUGGAGCUUGCUCCGGUGAAAUUCACGGCACGCAUUGUGGAGAUCGAGGGUGCCUCCAUCGAUAAUGAGCUUCGUAGGCGGCUGCGCUACUUGCGUCACUUGCCACUGACGUGCGAGAUCCAGGUGGUAGAAGUGCAGUUGGAGCCACCUGUCAUCAAGCAAGCCACCAUGGAAUACUUUGCACCGGAUGUGGAGAAGCGCCGCCGUCAGCGGUCGCGGAGGGCACGCAAUGAGAAGCGCCAAGACAGGCUACGUGCCAAGGAAGAGAUGCGUCGGCAGGGCUACGGUAAGUGGCUGCAUCACAGCCACCCGAGAACUUGCACUUGCUUUGUAAGUGGCAACGGAUUUGCCAAGUUGUUGGUGAAUGGUUGUUAUUAGGCAUAUACAGGAUGCGCCUUGA